GGAGACACGAGAGGACCACACCAUAAAAGUGGUAUAAAACUGAAUGAAAAUACGGUUUGUUUCCAUAAAGAAAAGAGAAGAAGAAGAAGAAGAAGGAGAAGAAGAAGGAGAAGAAGAAGAAGAAGAAGAAGAAGAAGAAGAAGAGGAAGAAGACCUCACAUUUUCUUUCAGCAUUUCAGCAGAAGGACUCAGAACUACAGGUCUCACUUUCCAUCUUUCAAGCUUUGUAGGUGAAGAUCCUGAGCUGGACAACAGGGGGAUGGAGGCCCACUGUAAUCCAGAGACCACAUCUCCUGGUCUGGAUAGGACCUCUGCCUGCCACCCCUGGAAGAAUCAGGACGUCCAGGCCGACUCGUUCCUCACCGCGGCCCGGAUCCUACGAAGUGGAUGGAGGGGGGACGAGAGCAGCACGGGGCGGCAGCUUUCCCCCCGUCCGUCAUUAUCCACCAUCUGGAAAUCUUUAGAAGUAAACUCAGGUCCAGAUCGUGUUCAGAUUCAGCAGAAAGACCAAAUAAACAAACAGGUUUCUUUUGGGAACACGAUGACAUCUGAGGACAAAGAAUCAAACAAUGAUGAAGCCAAACAGACAGAAAAUGUGUCAUUAUCAACUAAUAAACAGCCAGAGAGAAAGACAGGGGUGGUGUACGUUUGGGCGUCUGGUUGUCACAAAACCUGCAGACAGUUCAGACGAUUUAAGGCCCCGAUACUGCCGGCUAUUUCUGAAACGUAGGAGAGACACUGUAAUAGAAGGAUUUAGAAUUUAGGUGGCAAACAUAAAGCCCGUGGGCCAUAACUGGUCUGCCACAGGGUCCAAUCUGACCCAUGGGAUGAAUUUGUAAAAUGCAAAACUUACACUGAAGAUAUUAACAGUCAAGGCU